GAGGAUUUUUCUAAGGGUACCAAAAAAUUCGUUAUAUUUACUAAUUAUUUCUCUCAGUGUACACUGAGAGGAAAAUUUAGUAUAUAUGACCAAUUUUUUGGUAAAUAUUACCAAUUCACUAGUCAUUUUCUACCCUACUAAUCAUUGGUACAUCCUACGAAAAAAAAUUGGUAGACACAAAUGUCAAACAAAACUAUGGUUUGUAGGUCCAGUGUUGGCUCAAUUUUGGCUUCAGUAAUGGCUGAUUUGUUGGCCCUCCAUUGGUUCAAUAUAAUUGAGUAAUAUUAUUUUUAUUUCAAAUAUUUUUGUUCUUAUUAAUAUUCUUAUUCUAUUCUUAUUUUUAUAAAAUAUUGAAAAGUUUUUAGUGCAGGCUUUUAGCGAGUGAAUUGGGUAUCACAGUACUUAAAAGUGUGCUUUUUCGGACACUUGCAAAUUUUGCUGGAUCGCAAAUUGCAUCAACUCGUUCUCAUCUUCGAAGAUUAUUUGACGCCGGAAUUCGGCACCACGUCGUACGUACUCGAACGGGACUUCGAAACAGUAACCCUCGGUAAUUCAUCUCGUACGCUCUUCGCUUUCUUUGAUGGGGCUCACGCUGGUCACGAGUGUCUCCUAUUCGAAUACGUUGCCAAAUAUGAUAACCGCGUUCAACACAUGAAACAGCGUUAUUUCUACAAAAUAGAACGAAUUGCGUAACACAAAUAUUUUAAAAAUAAUUGAGCAUUUACCUAUUUUUACUGGAAAUCCCAAUGGAAGCUGCAUAGUGAAAAAAUCUCUCAGUUUAGCCACAUGCGGAUUGAUCAUUGUGGAUCAAAAUUGGUAGUACAGUCGAAUUUCACUCGAUGCACUAAGCUCUAGCCCAAUUUGUGAAAGACUUUCACUCGUUGGGCUGAACUGUCAAAGUCGAAAAUCGAUCGAGGGUCACACCGAUUGUUUGUUGUUAUGGGAAACGCAGAAAAGUUUUCACACCACUGACGUUUAUUUCAUUCGUGGUUGAGUUUCGUUCUAGGUUGGAUUAAUUGGUAAGUUCUUAAUGAAGUUUGAUAUUAAAAUUAGCGUAGAUUUAAUAUACGUUCAUUUCGAUCGCCAGGCUCAAAAUGGAUGGUUUGCAAGGAUCCAGUACGAACGUUAACCGGAAACGGAGGAGCAAUUUCCUGACGCUGGUGGAGAAGGUUCGCAUAAUUGAAGAUUUUGAAGCAGGAGGUGGUACGCAUGACUUUCUUGGGAAGAAGUACGGCGUAGGAUCUUCUACGGUCACGAGAAUAAUCCAAAAGAAAGAAGCAAUUCGUGAGGCGGUGGACAAGUUCAAGGAAUAUGGUGUAAAUAAUCGAAAAACAUUGAAAGAGCAGACGUUCCCUUUGCUGGAAGAAGCUCUUUACAUCUGGAUUUUACAGCAGCGGCAGUCCAACAUUUUGUUGACAGUGGAUAUUCUUAAAGCAAAGGCGGAGCUGCUGUUUAAGAUGUUCCAGGACCGGGGGCUCUAUGCGGUGCACGGUUUUUCUGCUUCGGAUGGCUGGAUGCAUCGUUUUAAGCAGCGGUUUGGAUUGCGCGUGAAAGCCGUAACAGGAGAAAAGGCAUCGGUAAACGUUGAAGCGUACCUAAAUUUCAAGAAGGUUCUACAGAAGAAGAUUCAGGAAAUGCAGCUAUCACUAUCCCAAGUCUUUAAUGCAGAUGAAUCUGCCUUGUUCAUCAAGCUCCUAGCCACACGCUCUGUCGUUACCUGUGAUGAGACCGUAGCAAGCGGACGGAAGCAAAACAAGACAAGGUAUACGUUUAUGCCUUGCUCCAACAUAGAUGGUUCCCUAAAGCUUCCGUUGUAUUUCAUUUCCACUGCUGCAAAACCACGAGGAAUCAACAUCGAAGAACUUCCCGUUUCAUAUAAUCAUUCCAAAAAGGCUUGGAUGACCAGACUGUUGUUCCGUCAAUGGUUCCACGAAGAGUUUGUCCCCGCUGUUCGAAAAUUUUCGGCCGAGAGAGGAUUGGAGCCAAAGACAUUGCUGGUUCUUGAUAAUUGCACCAGUCAUUAUGACGUUGACGAAUCUCUACAGAGUGACGAUGGACUGAUUCAAGUGAUCUACCUCCCACCAAAUGUAACUGCUGAAUGCCAGCCGAUGGACCAAGCGGUCAUCAAUGCAAUCAAGCGAAAGUAUAAAAGAAAACUGAUGCUCGCAUUAAUUCUGGAAAACGAACACUUAAGUUUCGAAGAACGAUUGAAGAAGAUUAAUCUUCAACAGUGUAUUUCGUGGUUGGCAACCUCUUGGGAGGAGAUAUCUGACAAAACUAUACGUAAUUCGUGGAAGAAAUUGAUCGAUGGUUUGCCGGAGGAUGCUGAUAAUGUAGACUCGAAAGCGGCCGAUGAUGACUUCAAAGCGCUUGUGUCCAGGAUUGACAGUUUGGCAGGAACAAAAACAUGAGCAAGAUAUUGAUCUGUGGAUCAAAGAUCAGGUGUAUGAUGCUGAUCAUAAUCCAGAUUGGGUAACCAGUGAAGUGUUCUCUGAUGACGAGAUUUUGUCAUCAGUUCUCAAGAAAGAUCAACCUGAAAUGCAAGAAGAAUGGUUGGUAGACACAGAAGAUGGAAGUAAUUCGUUUGAUACUUCCAUUACUAGUACCGGAGAUCCUGAUUUUGGCGAUGCAAUCAAGUCAAUUGAUUGCCUAGUUCGCUAUAUGAAGCAUGAUGUUGCAGAAGUAUGCCGUUUGAACGCGCUACGUUCGAAAAUCACUGAAGUUGAAUGGCUAAAACGAGCAUGUUGAAGAACUCUACCAUUUUGUUGAAAAUGAAUUUACGUGGUUUGUUUAAUUUUGUUUGAAACGUUUAAAAUAAAUAUUGUUUUUGUUGAAUAA